CAAUGAAGGGGGCGGUGCUGAGGCCAGUUCCGGAUGACAUGUGUUUUUAUGACAUGAGGACAGAGGACAUUGAUCUGCAGAGUGUAUAGAGAGGAGAUCGGGGACAGUCACCAUACAAGCAAGAUGGACCCAACUUCUGUACUACACAGUGGAUACUUCCACCCGACUCUCCGAGCCUGGCAGACGUCGGCCACCAGCCUACAUUCCCACAAUUUCAUGUACCCCAUCUUCAUCACGGAUGAUCCAGAUGGUAUUGAAGUGAUCGCCAGUCUGCCAGGACAAGCACGGUAUGGAGUGAACAAAUUGGAAGCCAUGCUGCGCCCCCUGGUGGAAGAUGGCCUGAAGUGCAUCCUGAUCUUUGGCGUCCCCACCAGAGUCGAAAAGGAUGAACGGGGCUCAGCAGCUGACUCAGAUGACACUCCUGCUAUAUUAGCCAUCCGGAAGAUUCGCUCUCUCUUUCCAGACUUGCUGAUUGCCUGUGAUGUGUGUUUGUGUCCGUACACCUCCCAUGGGCACUGCGGAAUCCUGCGGGAAGAUGGCAGCAUCCAGAAUGAGGCCAGCUGUAAUCGGCUGGCAGAGGUGGCUCUGGCUUACGCUCGUGCAGGAUGUCACAUUGUGGCUCCCUCUGAUAUGAUGGAUGGCCGGAUUGGCGCAAUUAAGAAGGCUUUAAUAUCCAAUGGUCUAGGAAACAAGGCUUCAGUCCUGAGUUACAGUGCUAAGUUUGCCUCCUGCUUCUAUGGCCCAUUCAGAGAUGCAGCCCUGUCUAAACCCGCCUUUGGUGAUCGCAAAUGUUACCAGCUGCCUCCUGGGGCAAGAGGACUGGCCAGCAGAGCGGUGGACCGUGAUGUACGUGAAGGAGCAGACAUGUUAAUGGUGAAGCCAGGAAUGCCAUAUCUGGACCUGGUGAGAGAAGUGAAGGACAAGCACCCUGACCUCCCGCUUGCUGUGUAUCAUGUAUCCGGGGAAUAUGCCAUGCUUUGGCACGGCGCAAAGGCUGGGGCUUUUGACCUGAAGGUGGCAGUAAUGGAGUCCAUGACUGGAUUCCGCAGAGCGGGUGCAGAUAUCAUCAUCACAUAUUACGUUCCUCAGCUUCUCAAAUGGAUAAAGGAGUUGUGAUGCCCUAAUGGAAUGAGCCCGAAUCCUGAAUGACCCCUGAGGCUGUACACCAAUUGGCACCUGGCAGCCUAAACAUGGCAUUUAUGCUGCUGCAGUCCUUGAGUUCCGGAUGUGACAGAGGACUCUGUUUUAACUACAAAUGUGUAUUAAUGUUUUUUGUUUUAUUGUUCUGCAAACACUGAAGAGUAAACCUAAUCGUUUUUUGGGUGCUCCUUAA